UUGCAGAAAUUUUUUCCUUUUUCAGCACCUAGUUUCGGACUUUUGCAAUUGUUUAUUCAUGAAGUGUAUUUCCAGGUUUCACGAUUGGUGAUCUUACAUGAGGAAGCCGAAGAUGGAAAUGCAAUGCCAGACCUCACUCGACCUGUUUGUGCGGUAUCCCGGGCUGUCGAUAACCUCAUUAAGGUUGGAUAUGAUACCUGUCAUUCAUCGGACGAUCGAAUUUUGCAAGAAGAUAUGCCUCCAGCACUGCAGCGUGUGGAGGCCAGCUCUCGUUUGUUGGAGGAUGCUUGUCACAUGCUCAAAGCGGAUCCAUAUUCCGGUGUAGCCAGGAAGAAACUGAUUGAAGGAGCCAGGGGUAUUUUACAAGGCACAUCUGCUUUACUGCUGUGUUUUGAUGAAUCCGAGGUGCGAAAGAUUAUCCGGGGCUGCCGUAAAGUUCUUGAUUAUUUGGCUGUCGCUGAGGUGAUUGAGAGCAUGGAUGAUCUGGCACAAUUCGUCAAAGAUAUCAGUCCAUGGCUGACCCGAGUCUCGCAGGAUAUCGAUUCACGAGAAAAAGAGCUGACACACCAAGUUCAUCGGGAAAUCCUGCUCAGGUGUAUGGAUACUGUGAAGACGCUUUCACCAAUUAUGAUCUGCGCAAUGAAAAUAUUUAUCCAAAUCACCGAGGAGUCACAGCGUGGUCAACACGAAGCAGCGGAGAAUCGCAACUAUUUGGCACAGCGUAUGACGGAUGAAAUGAAUGAGAUUAUCCGGGUGCUUCAGUUAACCACCUACGAUGAGGAUGAAUGGGAUAGCGAUAAUGUUACUGUUAUGCGCAAGGCUCUGAGUGCCGCGCAAAGUUUGCUGACCGCUGCGCUGGACUGGCUUGCCGAUCCACGUGGUCGUCCAGGUGCUGUUGGUGAGAAAGCAAUCCGACGGAUCGUCGAUUAUUCGGAACGAAUUGCGACACGUGCACUGCCCGAAGACGCACGCCUCAUUAGGCGUACAGUGAGUGACAUCUCGUCGAUGACUGAUUCGCUCUGUGAGCUUCGCAGUCAGGGCGGCGACAAUCAGGGCCUUGCCAAUGGGUGUGCUAACAAAUUGAGAGAACUUGUUGGUACCAAAGAGGUCAGUGGCAUUUUACCUGGCGCACUUACAAACACCCAGCGUACUGGCGGUGCGCAUCCGGCCCAUACAGUCAGUGGACGUCUGGAACAAGCACUUCGUUGGCUCGACAAUCCAGGAAUUGAUGACGAUGGGCUAGGGCUGCAAGCAGUAAAGGCAAUGACCGGGGAGGCGCGUAAUCUCAGCGAACUGUUGCCACCUGCAGAUCGCAGCAGGAUGCUAGAUCUUUGCGCUGAAAUCGAUCGUCUUGCUGAUCAGCUUGCCGAUCUGGAACGUCGUGGUCUCGGCAAUUCACCAGAGGCACAUGCUUUGCGCAGUCAGCUGCGGAAUAAAUUGCACGAAUUGGCGGAUUUCAUGAAGAAAGUGCUCACUGAUCGAGUGGUGGAAGACUUUGCUGAUAUUAGCACGCCACUGAAACAGUUCGUAGAUGCAGUCUACGCACCUCCGUUAGCGCCCAACCGUGAGCGAAAUUUUGAGGAAAAAGCACGGAAUCUGAACGAACACAGUACUCGAUGUGCCAAUACCGCUUUACUUGUUGCCAAAUGUGGCCCGUGCAAGAAUAAAAAAACUGUCGAAGCCAUUAUUGAAACUGCUAAUCAGGUGAAUGCGAUGACACCACAAGUGAUCAACGCCGGUAAAAUUCGUUUGCACAAUGACAGUGAUUCGGCAAGUCAACACUUUGACAAUCUGAGACGCGAGUAUGCGGAUGUCCUGAACAGACUUCGUUCGCACGUUGACGACGCCAUCGAAACCGGAGAUUUCAUCCGGGCCAGCGAGUACGCAAUGCGACGCUACACAAGCUAUUGUGAGGAAGCGAUUCGAACCAGCGAAGCGCAACUUAUGGUCGAUAAUACGUCACAGAUUGCACGACUCGGCAAUCGUGUGAAUGCGAUGACACCACAAGUGAUCAACGCCGGCAAAAUUCGUUUACACAAUGACAGUGAUUCGGCAAGUCAACACUUUGACAAUCUGAGACGCGAGUAUGCGGAUCAGAACUGGCAUCUUUAUGCUAAAUUCAGCAUUCUGUUUUCAGCGAUCCCGCCGAUGGUGAACCAGGCGAAACAGGUGGCGCUUAACCCUCGCCACAGUGCUAACGCGCAGAACUGGCGCGAUGCAAACGAUCAUUUGUUGUCGGCCGUACGACAAGUGGGUGAUGCCAUCACAGGCGCCGGUGGCUCGCGCCCGCCCAGUCAGAUGCUUCUGGUUGAAUCGGUGCCACCGAAGCCUCCAACAAGCCCUGUGGUGCACGAUCGAAUCUAUGUGAGAGAGGAUUUACCGGCGCCACCAAGACCACCGCCGCCAGUGGAAAUCAGCCCGCCACCUCGUCCACCUCCUCCGCCGGAAACGGACGAUGAGGAGGAGACACGAGCAUUCUGGGAACGCUAUCCAUUGCCCGGGAUAUCCAAUCAGCCGAUUCUGAGUGCGGCGCGUAAUUUACAUCAGGAGUUGCGCCAGUGGUCCAGUCAUGAGAAUGACAUUGUCGCUGCCGCAAAACGUAUGGCAAUUUUGAUGGCCCGACUCAGUCAACUGGUGCGAGGCGAAGGUGGAACAAAGAAGGAUCUCAUUGAUUGUGCCAAGGCAAUCGCCGAUUCCAGCGAAGAAGUGACUCGACUUGCCGUACAGCUUGCACGACAAUGUACCGACAUCAAAAUGCGAAUGACCCUAUUGCAAGUGUGUGAGCGCAUCCCAACGAUUGCAACGCAACUGAAAAUACUUUCUACAGUGAAGGCCACAAUGCUUGGAUCUCAAGCAACAGUCGGGCCUUAUGGACAACCAGUUGAUGGUAAAGCCUGUGUGGCAUGCGUUACUAACAUUUCCAUGAGUGUUCUAACCAACUUUUUGAGCAAAAAGAUGAAACCUUCUGCUUUUUUUUUGCAUGAGAAGUCAUGAGC